AUGGACAAUUUCCAGGAGAGCAUACCCCUGAAUGAAAUGAAGACCUUUCGGCCAACGCCCAGUACUAGCACGGCAGAAAACCACGAAAUGAACAACUGCCUGGAAAUCAUACCCAUGAAUGAAAUGACGUUGAAUUUUCGAAGGAUGCUCACUACUAACGCGGUUGAUGACGAAGCAGAUGAAAAUUGUGCAACGUUAAAGAAAUACCUGCGUAAAUACAUGCCUUUUGAACGGCAGGCGUUCUUAAUGAAUCUGUGUCGACUGGCUAUGCAUAUCAUCGAUCUAAUUUUCGAUAUUUUGGUCACCAAAGAUUUCUAUGAACGCGGCGAGGUCGUUUUAACGAUACUGAGCUCUGUGUUCAUUGGCCUGCCUUACCUGUGCAAUAUUAUCUUGAGCCUUCUGGAAUUUAUGAUCAUUUCGUGGGAAACGCCCAGAACUAAGAAGCCCUGGUGCGCUCUCAUAUCCUUGCAUAUUCCUCCAAUUGUGCCCUUCUUGUGGUAA